CGCCCCCAUACACUCUCCCUUUUUCUCGUCGCCCUCCCUUCCUCCCGUUGCCUUCCCUUCCGCCUGCCGCCCUUCCUUCCCCUCGUCGCGCUCCCUUCCGCCCGUUGGCCCCCUUCGUCUCGUCGCUCUCCCUGCCGCUCGUCGCCCUCGCUCCCGCUCGUCCCCUCGCAAUCCCCGUCUCUCUCUCCCCCCGUCGCCCUCCCCUUCCACUCGUCGUUGCCCUCGCCAUCCCUCCCUUCUCCCUUCCCAUCUCGCACACUUGUCACGCCCCCUUUCCAACCCGCACAUACACCCUUCCCUUCUUCCCAGUUUCCCCCAUCCCCCCAUCCCCUUCCCUGCUUCCCCCCAACCCCUUCACUGCUUCCCCCCAACCCCUUCACUGCUUCCCCCCAACCCCUUCCCUGCUUCCCCCCAACCCCUUCCCUGCUCCCCCCCAUCCCCCACCGAGCAUCCCCCCAUCCCCUUCCCUGCUUCCCCCCAACCCCUUCACUGCUUCCCCCCAACCCCUUCACUGCUUCCCCCCAACCCCUUCACUGCUUCCCCCCAACCCCUUCCCUGCUCCCCCCCAUCCCCCACCCAGCAUCCCCCCAUCCCCUUCCCUGCUUCCCCCCAACCCCUUCACUGCUUCCCCCCAACCCCUUCCCUGCUCCCCCCCAUCCCCUUCCCUGCUUCCCCCUUCCCCUUCCCUGCUUCCCCCCCGUCCCCUUCCCUCCUUCCCCCCGUCCCCCUCCCAGCAUCCCCCCAUCCCAUUCCCUGCUCCCCCCGUCCCCUUCCCUGCCUCCCCCCGUCCCCUCCCCUGCCUCCCCCCAUCCCCUUCCCUGCUUCCCCCCAUCUCCUUCCCUGCUUCCCUCCAUCCCCUCCCCUGCCUCCCCCCAUCCCCUUCCCUGCUUCCCCCCAUCUCCUUCCCUGCUUCCCCCCAUCCCCUUCCCUGCUUCCCCUCUUCCCCUUCCCUGCUCCCCCCCAUCCCCUUCCCUGCUUCCCCCCAUUCCCUUCCCUGCUUUCCCCCAUCCCCUUCCCUGCUUCCCCCCCAACCCCUUCCCUGCUCCCCCCCAACCCCUUCCCUGCUCCCCCCCAUCCCCCACCCAGCAUCCCCCCAUCCCCUUCCCUGCUUCCCCCCAACCCCUUCACUGCUUCCCCCCAACCCCUUCCCUGCUUCUCCCCAACCCCUUCCCUGCUCCCCCCCAUCCCCUUCCCUGCUUCCCCCCAUCUCCUUCCCUGCUUCCCCCCAUCCCCUUCCCUGCUUCCCCUCUUCCCCUUCCCUGCUUCCCCCCAUCCCCUUCCCUGCUUCCCCCCAUUCCCUUCCCUGCUUUCCCCCAUCCCCUUCCCUGCUUCCCCCCAUCUCCUUCCCUGCUUCCCCCCAUCCCUUACAGGUGCCCAGCACCAGAUGUGGCUUUACCACAGCCUGGUUUAUUGCUUGCAGUGUAGCAGACAAAACCGGGAAGCAACAUUACACACACAUCCCCUAG